ACAUAAUGAAUCGGGCAGUUUACCAAAAAGCACUCGAAAAGGGCAGUGAAACAGUACAUCGCACGCGACUGAUGAUUGUUGGUCAAGAACGAGUUGGAAAAACUAGCCUGAUGAGGAGUCUCGUUCAUGAAAGGUUUAACAGCGAAGAAUUAUCAACAGAAGGCAUCACUACGGACUGCACCAUAAACAUCAGCUCUGCACAAUCAUGGCACUGUAAAAGAGGUGAUUCAACCAGCCUCAGUCAACACGAGUUGAUGAUUGGUCUUGAAAGAGAAAGUCAGAAAGGUGGCCCUGCACACCAACCUCACUCAUCAUCAGCAGCUUCACAAAACCAGGCAACUGAAACGCAACCACGUGGCACAAGCAGGAAGUCGUUGAUUCACGACGAAGUCAUUGAAAAGGUUGUAUCUAGGAAAGGGGACAUGAAACCUACAGAUGUUGGACCCACUCUUAACAUCUGGGAUUUUGCCGGCCAAGAUUUGUACUACACAACGCACCAGACAUUUCUGUCUUCUCGGGCGAUCUACCUGGUUGUUUUCAACCUCAGCCAAGAUCUUGAUGAACCAGUUACGCUACCAGAUAAUGCAACAUGUAACGAUGGGAGCGGUGGUUCUGUGCCAUAUAGGAAAACCCCUAUCCAGUAUCUGGAUUUCUGGAUGCAGUCAAUUUUCACCUACACCAAGAAAAACUGCUCUCGAAAGGAAUUGAAGCAGAAUUCCCCGCCAAUAUUCAUUGUUGGUACUCACAGGAACAGUGUUGGUCAGAAGGAUAUUUCAGAAGACCAACGUAAACUAUUGAUACAGAAAAUAUUUGACCGGCUUCGAGAUGAGAUCAAGGACAAGCCGUACUACACCCAUGUGGUUUCUAAAUUCCACGCAAUAGAGAACUCUCUAGAAGACAACACAAAGAUUCAAGAACUACGCAAGCACAUAGAGGACGUAGCAGUAGAAGAGCCUUACAUGGGAGAGAGAAUCCCUUUGAAUUGGCUGAUAUUUGAUGAUGAGAAGGAAAUGUUAAGUUGUGGAAAACCUAUUAUGACACUGAAGCAGGUAAUGGAUGGCUUUGGGAUUGAAGAUGAAACUGAACUGCUGACGAUGCUAAAAUUCUAUCACGAUCUUGGCAACAUAAUAUACUUUGGAGGGGAUAGUGCCAAAGAAAGUCAGGCGCUGAGAGAUGUUGUCAUUCUGGAUCCAAAUUGGCUGAUCGAUUCCUUCAAGAAGAUCCUCACUGUUAAACCUCCAAAAGAACAGACCGCAAAGUAUCGCAAAUCUUGGGAUCGACUGAAAGACAAACGAAUAUUGGAGGAUUCGCUUAUAGACCACAUGUGGCAAGACAUCCGUGAGCACAAACAGGCCCUGCUGGAUCUGAUGGACAAGUUUGACCUUCUCUGUAAGCGUUUUGAAGAGCCUCGGGAGGAAGAGAAAAGUAGCACUGCUUCAUCCACGGCCACACAGCCUCGUCCCACAAAUGCAUCUUACUAUGUGCCUUCAAUGUUGCGGCAGCAGACAUCACGUUCACUCCAACUGGAGACAACCGAGAAUAACUCAAACGUGUUCUAUGUGGACUUCAAAAAAUUCCUCCCUGAUGGAUUGUACCAUCGGUUGGUUGUGCGAGCUUUGCGAUGGUCUCAAGAUUUGGGUGGAGCAAAAUCAGCGAAUCCCCUUCUGCUCUGUGAUCAAGCAAAUUUCUAUGUAGAUGACCAUCAUAAGUUUGCCCUGCAAAUGGUGCACCAAUCAAACCUUGCAUACAUCAAAGUGAGUGUCAUGAGAGUGGAAAUGUAUCCACCUCCACGACAUGUCAAAGCACCUUCAGGUGAUGUGACAUGCAAGGUUAAAGACUUUGUGGAAGAGCAUCUGCAGGACUUGAAAACCAUGUGGAUCAAGCGAAUAAACUACUGCAUUAGUGUGCAGUGUCCUGAUAAGAAGGUUUUCCACUUUCUACCACUGAAUGAAUGCAUGGCAAAGCCAACAGUUGUCUGCGUCUUUGAGACAUCUCAUUCAGUCAUCAAAACGUAUGAAAUCCAAGCCAUGUUCAAGGAGGAAUGCUACGAGGAAGAAGCUUCCGCUCCCGAACCACGUUUAGAUGACAAAACUCUGGCGGCAGUCGCCAAGAGACUCGGUGCAGAGGACAAGCAACCGUUUAACGACAUCCACAUGAGAGAGAUAGCCAACGAGCUCGGCAAAAACUGGGAGAAAUUGGCCACUUACCUGCAUUUCACACAAGACGACACGUACAAGUUUGUGACAAACUCGCAAACUGGUGUCGAUGGUGCGAUUUUCGACAUGCUUACAACAUGGAAGCAGAGGUUCAAGGGAGGAGAAGUGAUGAAGAUGAAAAAAGAAAUGGCGGAGGCACUUGAAUCGAUUGAUAACUAUGUAUUGGCUGAGAAGGCGCGGAAUUACUAA